AUUCAGGAGAGAGCCACUGAGUCAGACAACUCAGUGUCUGACAACAGCACUGACCGCCAUUCGAAGACAAUGGAUAGACUCAGUGCAGAGAUCCGAUCUUUCCGCUCACGACAGGAGCUCUGCGAGCAGCUCAACGUCAACCACAUGAUCCAGAGGAUCUUCCUCAUCACUCUGGACAACAGUGACCCCAGUCUAAGAGGUGGUAAUGGCAUCCCUCCAUGCUGUGUAUACCUUGAGGAAAUGGCCGCUGAUCUUGAUGGCCAGGACUGGCUUAACAUGGACACUAUAGAGCAGGCUUUGUUCAGCAGGCUGCUUUUGCAGGAGCCGGGAAACCAUCUGAUUUACAUGACCUCCUGCAGUGCAGUGAAUCUCUCAGCGGAUCGUGAUGCUGGGGAGAAACGUGUCAUACCGUACCUUUAUGCCUGCUACCGGAGGGCUAAAGAGGAGAUCACUAAAGUCCCGGAGAAGCUGUUAUCGUAUGCCGUGCAGUGCAAAAAUCUGACUGUGUCCAAUGCCCGCACUGUUCUGCUGACCCCAGAGAUCUACAUCAGCCAGAAUGUUUAUGAGCAGCUUCUGGACCUGUUGCUGGAGGCUGUGAGAGGAGCCCAGUUUGAGGAAGUUGUGGAGUUUUUGGAGGAUGUCAUCGCUAGCCUGUUGGCUGACCAAGAGGUGCGGACCUUCGGGGAGGUUAUGGUGCCAGUGUUUGAUAUUUUCCAAGGCCGGGUCAAAGACUUAGACCUUUGUCAGCUGCUGCUGUAUUCCUACCUGGAAAUCCUCCUGUACUUCAGUCGGCAAAAGGAUAUUUCUAAGGUUUUAAUGGAGCAUAUUCAGCCUAAAGAUCCUAACAGUGGGAUUCAGUAUCAGAAAACGCUUCUGGGAACGAUCCUGAAUAUUUCAUGUCUGUUGAGAACUCCUGGUGUGGUUGAGAACCAUGGCUUUUUCCUCAAUCCUUCCCGCUCCAGCCCACAGGAAAUGAAGGUUCAGGAGUCAAAUAUAUACCAGUUUAUGGGGCAGUUUCAUGACAAGCUGUAUCAAAUCCUGAAAAACUUGCUUCAGCAGUCCAGCGAGACACGCCACCUGCUGCUCUCGUGGCUGGGUGGCUGCCUGCAGGCCAACAUGGGGCGGGCCAAAAUCUGGGCAAACCAGAUGCCCGAGAUAUUCUUACAAAUGUAUGCUUCAGAUGCAUUCUUCUUGAAUCUGGGAGCUGCACUGCUCAAGCUCUGCCAACCAUUUUCUCGGCCCUACUCACCCAAACUCCUGACCUUUAACCCCACGUACUGCUUUCUUAAGGAGCUGAGUGAGGAAGAGCGGCGUAACAGAAACGUGCAUGCAAGAGGUCUGGACAAGGAGACAUGUCUGAUACCUGUGCCCCCUCAACAAACAGUUGAAUUUGCCCAAUCAUACAGCCUUCUCACAGAAAAUCUCAUCUUUACACAGCUUACCAUGUACUUGGGCUUCCAUAGACUUCAUGAUCAGAUGGUGAAGAUGAAUCAGUCUCUACACCGGCUGCAGGGAACGUGGCGGGACACACAGCUAAGUGGAGGCCCUGCAGCAGCAGAGCUACGGGAACAGUUUGAACGCCUUAUGACAGUCUAUCUCUCAACCAAGGCUGCUACCACGCAGCCCGCCAUGCUGCAAAACUGCCUCAACCUCCAAGCCUCCUGUGCAGCCCUGUUGGUUCAGCUCAGCCUGGGCAACCAGGGUCCUGAACACAUACCACUCACCUUUCCCUUACCUGCACUAGAGAACAGCCUGCUUUGCUUUGUGCCAGAGUUCUUUGCUGAAAACAUGGGCGAUUUCUUCAUAUUCCUCCGCCGCUUUUCUGACGAGGUGUUGGAGUCCUCCGCGGAAAGCUUGGAACAUGUCCUGACCUUCAUCACUGUGUUCAUGGGCAACGUUGAUAGAAUGAAGAAUCCUCAUUUGCGGGCAAAGCUGGCAGAGGUUCUAGAAGCUGUGAUGCCCCAUAUGGAGACUCUGUCACCUAGCGCUGCCCAGCCUAUCAUGUUCCAACGCCAAAGGGUGUUCAGCACAUAUCAGCAUGCACCCCAACUUGCUGAAGCCCUCAUUACAGUGUUUGUGGAUAUAGAAUUCACUGGUGAUCCUCAUCAGUUUGAGCAGAAGUUUAAUUACAGAAGGCCAAUGUAUGCCAUUCUGAAGUACAUGUGGGGAGAAGAGAGUUACAGGGAGAGCAUUAAGCGCCUUGCUGAAUAUGCAUCUGAAAAUCUUGAAGCCAUGAAUCCACCACUCUUCCUGAGGUUUCUCAAUCUUCUCAUGAAUGAUGCCGUCUUCUUACUCGACGAGGCUAUACAGUACUUAAGUAAGAUCAAAAUCCUCCAGCUGGAGAGGGAUCGGGGGGAGUGGGACAGUCUGGCCCCUGACGCCCGCAGAGAGAAAGAAUCUAGUCUGCAGAUGUUUGGACAGCUGGGUCGCUUCCACAACAUCAUGUCAAAUGACACCAUUGGCACCUUGGCUUUCCUCACAUCUGAGAUAAAAUGUCUUUUUGUUCACCCGUUUCUUGCUGAGAGGAUCAUCUCCAUGCUCAACUACUUUUUACAACACUUGGUAGGCCCCAAGAUGGGCGCCUUGAAAGUAAAAGAUUUCAGUGAAUUUGACUUCAAACCCCAGCAGCUAGUGUCGGACAUCUGUACUAUUUACCUAAACCUAGGAGAUGAAGAAAAUUUCUGUGCUACUGUCCCAAAAGAUGGAAGGUCAUAUUCACCCACUCUGUUCUGCCAAACUGUCCGUGUACUCAAGAAAAUCAACAAGCCUGGCGACAUGAUUGUAUCUUUCAGUCUGUUAGCAGAUAAAAUUAAGUCUCUUGCAGACAGGCAUCAGCAAGAGGAGGAGACCUACUCUGAUGCUCCCGAUGAAUUUCUGGAUCCCAUCAUGUCUACCUUGAUGCUUGAUCCGGUGCUGCUGCCUUCUUCAAACGUCACCGUGGACCGUUCAACAAUAGCACGACAUUUACUAAGUGACCAGACAGACCCUUUCAACCGCAGUCCACUCACCAUGGACCAGAUCAGGCCCAAUGAAUGGAUAGGUCAGGCAGAUGAUGAUGUGGUUUGUUGA